AUGCGAUGCCAUUGCAGGCCGGGAAAGCCCGGAUUCAGGAUCCAGUAUGCAGGUCAUCCGCCUGUCACGUGCCUAAGCGCCACGGACAACGCAAUGCAGGUGCCACCGACAGGUCCUUCGGGGAUCGCGGCAACGGGGAGUGGGCCUUUCAGCUGCAGUGCAUCCAGAGCCAUGCGUGACAAAUAUUUAUUAACUGCCACAGCAGCCGGGCAUCGGCUUAGAGACUUGAUCUUGGCAUAA